AUGGCUACCAUAACUCUCAACGACGGCACUGUUGUCCCCUCAAUCGCCUUCGGAAUCGGCACGGCCUUUUUCGGGAAGGAGGCCCACAAUGCUGUUGAGCUAGCGCUGAACACUGGGUUCACACAUCUCGACGGGGCCCAGGUCUACGCGAAUGAGGACUCGAUUGCCAAAGGGUUGGCCGCUUCUGGGAAACCGCGAUCAGAGGUGUUCAUCGUGACCAAGCUAUUCCCUGGGUCCCAGCCAGACCGUGUUCGGCCCUCUCUCGAAGAAAGUCUGCAGAAGAUCGGUGUCGACUAUGUGGACUUGUUCCUCGUCCACGCGCCAGUGGCGAUGCGGCCUGAUCAACCCAACCCCAAUCUUGUCGACUUGUGGAAAGAGGUAGAGGCAGUCCACGCGGCCGGCCUCGCCAAAUCGAUUGGUGUAUCCAACUUCAGGGUGCAAGACCUGGAAGCCUUCGUGCCCACCGCCACGAUCAAGCCCAGCGUGAACCAGCUAGAAUUUCACCCAUAUGUCUGGAAAGCAGUCGAGCCAAUCAUCAAGUACGGACGCGAAAACGGCAAUAUCACGCCUGCAUCUUAUGGCGGGCUGACCCCGCUAGUCCGUGCUACCGGUGGCCCCGUAGACGCAGUCGUGGCGUCUAUUGCGGAUCGUUUGAAGAUUACGCCCGGUCAAGUACUUGGGAAGUGGAUCCUGCAGAAAGGCGCUAUCCUUGUCACAACUUCGUCGAAGGAGGAGCGCCUGAAAGAAUAUUUGAAGACACCCGAGGUACCCGACCUGACUGAUGAGGAUAUCAAGGCCAUCGAGGAGGCGGGCUCCAAGCAGCACACAAGAUACUACAUGAAGCAGGUCUUUGGGGACGCAUAA